UAAGCAUCUAAAUAAAGCAAUUUUCUCGUAAUCGGAGACUAUUAAAAUAAGUUUUUAAGCAUUUUUCUGGUCAUUUAGUUCAAUAAAAGAUAAUAAGUUAAUGGUUAUUCCCUAAUUGCCGUGCGGGAAAAACGGAAAAGUACAAGAGUCGAACUUGGACGGAGACAUCUAGUGUCGAAUGGAUAAACUACGGGGAUGGAAAUUUAAUCGGAGCGACUCUCGAAAGCUGAUUGGCUCGAGAUAAAAUAUACUUAUAGUAAUAAAAUGUCGAUUAGUUUAUACUCUGCUAGUUUUUCGUUUUAUUUAAUUGGGGAAGCACCGUCGGUACUGCAACAGGGAAGAGUAAUUCUCUAGUGACUACGUCACGCAGUCUGCCGGAAGAGAUAGAUCGCUCUGCCUGACCCCUGACGGGAUUCACUGGAAACUCGACGUCAACUGCAUGGCCUGUAGGAAGUUCACGUUUGUCACCGGAAAUAAACCCACGUGACCGUAAUUAACACAGUAUUUUUCGGCGCCGACCUUCACGUACUGGUUUGCCGAGGUGAAAGGUCAGACGAGACGGAGUCUGUCAACGACAUCUGUUGCCCGAUAUCCGAACUUGUCAACAGCAAUUUUGCAUAGACGACGAGUGUUGGUUAAAGCGGAAAAUAAGAAUGGAAGAGAUGAAUGGAGGUGUUUAGUUGUACCUCAAGGUGUCACACGUCACUUGGGUUUGUUAGCGUGCUAUCCAAUUAAAUUGACAAAAGUCGUUUAGGAUUUCCGUGAUUGCUUACUUGCUCGGGAGAAGACGGAUUAAGUUUUGCUCUAUAUCUUCGGGUUCGAAUUUCUGCAGGUUGUUUGAACUUUGGCUUUUUCUUCUUUUCUUCUUUCUGCUCUUCGCAAAAGAUAGAAAUUACAGGAUAUUUUCGGAAGCAUAACAGGGGAAGAUGGUGAACACAAGGACGAUGGUCAAGAUAUUGGACAAGAUGACUUGUCCAAUGAUAAUUUAUUGGAUGAUGGAGACACCAGCAGCGUGACCGAAACUUUACCUGGCAGGUCGACGCCUGGCAGUCCUACACCUUUAGCUGCUGAUUCACCUGUACACUGUCGCGUUCAAGAUUUGGAAGAAGACAGUUUGGGACACAUGGACAGCAGUGACAGGUGUGAAACUCACGUAUCGCCUACAAUUACGGACAGUGUAACAGACAACAAUAUGUGUGUAGAGAGCGGGAACCAUAUUACCGAAGAAGACGGCCCUCUUGACUUUAGCUUGAAAAAAUCAAGCGAAGAGCCAUUAAAUAUAGCAACACCAGAAGAAAAUGGACUUUCUCCCGAACAUCAGGACAGUCCACUAGAUUUAUCCAUUCCGAGGAGAAGAAAAGACAUCGCAGAUUAUCAUCGGCAAAACAAAUUGGCUCGGAUCGACCCUACUUUGACGAAACCCAGUAGCCCUUGGGGUUAUUGUGCUCCAAAAACUCUUCUUCCUCUAGCACCAGGUAAGUCUGCAGUCGAAGUAUCCUUGUGGAACGGAAAAGUGAAAAGUCAUAAAACAUCAAACUCCAGCAAACAUACUUCUAUGGUGCACCAAUAUUCACUUCUUCAAAACAAAUGUACAAGUCCGACAAACGCUACAAGGGAACUAAACGUUAAAGUUGGACAAAAAGCAGAAACGACUGAUAAAAGGCAGAGCGGAAGACAAAAUCCUUGGCAGACUCAGUGGAUCAGUAGAAGCGGUGAACAAACUCGCGAUGUAUUCACUUGUGUUUGGUGCAAGGAAUCGUUUCGAAGUCUGUCCGAGAUGACAAUUCAUAUGAAACAAUCGCCAAGAUGCGGGAUGGCUGGAAUGCAAGCUUCUGUGCCUGUUUCUGUAUCAUCUCCUACCUCUCAGCCUCCUCCGCCAUCUCUUUCAACACCUUCCAAGUCGUCGUCAUCCACAUCGUCAUCGUCGACGGCAUCUUCCAGUUCUAAUGUACUUAUGAAAGAAAGCAUGCCUCUUCCCAGAAAACUAGUCCGAGGUCAAGACGUAUGGUUAGGCAAGGGGGCUGAACAAACAAGACAAAUAUUAAAGUGCAUGUGGUGUGGUCAGUCUUUCAAGACUUUAGCAGACAUGACUACUCAUAUGAGAGUUACUCAACACUAUACAAACAUCAUUAGUCAAGAACAGAUAAUCUCUUGGAGGAGUCCAGAAGAUAAAAUGACUUCGCAAUCUCAAGUUAAUGCUGUACUGACGUGUAAAGUAUGUGAUCAGGCUUUCGGAAGCCUCAAAGAACUCAGUUAUCAUAUGGUAAAAAAUUCACACUACAAGGAACACAUAUUAAGAUCUAUAACAGAAGGUGGUGGCAGAAGAAGACAAACAAGGGAAAGGAGGAAAAAAGCGCUUCCAGUUCGUAAAUUGUUAGAAUUGGAAAGAAUGGAAAUUAAAAGGAAUCGAACUCAUUCCGACAAUGGUGAAGUGUCUUCCAAGGCUGAAGUUGUAGAUGGAAAAAUAACUUGCGAGGAGUGUGCAGAAAAAGUCGACGCCAAAGACUUCGUUUUACAUAUUAAGAACUGCAGUCAAAAUGCCUCGAGGUCGCAGCAAUUAUUAAAAAAUGCAUUGCUUUCAGAUGGAAAUGGUAAAAGUCAAGAGCCAUCAGACAUAUCAUCCACUUCAGCUAGUAACGUUUCUCGAUAUUCUCCAGAAGCCAAAGAUCUGAGCCAUUCUGCUGAUCAUUCUCCAAGCGAACAAUCUCAAGCUAAAGUGAGCGAUGAUCCGAGUGAUACCACUUCGGUUUUAAAUGCCAUUGAAAGAUUAAUAGAAAAAAGUUUCGAAAGCAAAGGAAGAAGAGGUAAUUCUACUACUGGAAUUCUUCAAAGACUCGGGAUUGACGAAGAAGUAUCACCUCCUUGGCAUCCUUCAAGUUCUCCAGGUAAAUAUGGAAUGCUCAAAAGUCCUGGCUUACCUCCUGGCUCUCCUCUUGUGGAUGGCAUAACUGACGUUAAACUGCCUCCAUUCACUGUGGGAAGUUUUAAUCAGGAAGAUAAAGUUAGGCCGUCUUCAUGCAAUGAACGUAGUCGGAUGUCCACUCCCAGCAGUGUGACAUACACUAGUUCACCUGUAUAUUCGCCUCCUACAUCUCCUGUAGUUGAUCAACCAACUGCAGGUAGUACUCUUUCUUCACCAAGACCAGCCAAAUCUCCUUUAUUGACAUAUAGUUCUGACAGUCAAAAUUAUCCAGAUAUGGAUAAAGUGAAAACAGAAGAACCCGAAGAAUGUAUGUCUCCUCGUAGUACAGAUUGCCCAGAAGAUCUUUCUAAAGCCGAAAACGUUACAGAGCGUAUUGUUAGUCCUCAAGAAGUAAAAAUAAAAGUAGAACCAGAGUACAUAUCUAGAUCACCUACACCUGUUGAAAAAGUUCUCACUCCAUCACCAGAACCGGAAACGAAUAGCAAAUUUCGAAAAACGAAAAGAGAAGAAACGGAGGAUCAAAAUAGUCCUUCGCCAGCUCUGUCUUCGAGCAGUGGCGUUCAAAAUUCUUUAGAUGCCACUGUUGACCAUCCAUUAAAAGAACUGCAAAAACUUUUGGACAAAACAGACGCUCAUUUGUCACGCCCCACAUUACCUGCUGCCCCGGGAUCAAUUCUCGCUUUUAGUUGGGCCUGCAAUGACGCUACAACAUCUGAUUCACUCAUGAAGUGUGCCUUUUGUGAAACUCACUUCAUUUCCAAAGGAGCCUAUAGGCAUCACCUUAGUAAAAUGCAUUUUGUGAAAGAAGGUAGUACAACAGAUUCGGCGUCUUCGUGGAAAGGCACUCAGGGUUCCAAAAACAGUACAGAUGGUAACAGUUCUCCAAAAGAUUCACCAAAUUCAUCUUCUCAAGGAGAGACGCCACACUCCAAAUUUCUGAAAUACACAGAAUUGGCGAAACAGUUGUCUAGUAAAUAUGUGUGAACUACGCAUCCUGCAGGAUGCAUCCUUCCGAUUCCAUUUUGAAGUUAUCAGCAGGUGCCCGAAAGCGACAACAAUUUUACAAAAAAGCACGUUAUUCAUAAUUCUCUACACAGGUAUCUGUUCGAUAUCAAAAGUUGAAUGUCAAUGAAGCUGCCUUCACGCUUCUUGUUCUCCUCUUCUUUCUUAGACUUCGUUCCGAUAAUUACCGUUCACAAGUGUGAACCUAAUAUUUCCAAAAACUGCCCUAUCUCGUCAAUGUGAUAAUCACACGAGUUUCGAGCAGAGUAUUGCAUUUAUCUUGGACAAUGACGAAAAUAUAUCCCAAACACAUUCCAGAGACAAUUGUGGGGAAUAGUAAGGAGGAGCGAAGGAAACCUCAGGAAUGUUCAAUAAGUGGGGAUUGUGAUUUUGAUUUUCUCUAAACCCGACCCUUCUCAUUCGCAAUAGUGUGCAAAUGUUCCUCACUUGAUUCUGCGAAACUUGAUCAGAGGAGGAAGAACAUUGUGAUUGAAACAUCCGAAGUACAGCAAUACACAUUUCCUCUAAUUCCCGUGUUCUGGUCUCAUCCUUAACUUCCCCGCCUUCCUCCGAAGUUUUGCAAGUACUUACAAGACAUUUAUGUUUCUUGCAUCUUAGGUGUGUAAUUUUUCCGAGUGCUUCCCCUGUUUUCAUUGUACAUAGUGACAUGAAUGGUUAUAAAAAUGUACAUCUUUAUAUUGUUAUUAUUUAUUACUAAUGAAUCCUACCGUGGUCGUUCAUACCUGGAACCGAUUAAAGAGGUUGUUUCUUCUUCUCGGACUCAAUCAAUUUGUUGUCAUUCACGUUUAAAUGGACACAUAUCGGUAUCGCAUUUAUUUCAUUCGCGCUGUGUAAAUUUUGACGGCAACUCUGAUGCGCUGAAAUUAAAGGAAACAAAUCGAUAAUGAUGCAAUUAUUUCAGUAUCAUCAACCACAAGAAAGAUCUAGCAUCCUUUAUCGAUUGAGUUUCUCAGUCGUUAUUUGCUGUGAUUUUUAUUUAUCUGCCAAAUUAGUAUUUUACAAAAUCAAAUCACCGUAUUG